CACUUACUCAGCUCCUCCUCCUUUCUCGUAGUUGCUUGCGUCCCAAACACGUAGGACGUAAGUAAGAUGGCGGAUCUUUCUUUGGACGAACUGGCACGCCGACGCGGUAUAAGCACCAGAGGAAAUACCAGACCCAUAUUUACAAAGGCCACAGGAGGCAUGAGAGGAACAUUUGAUGCAAGACAGAAAAUUGGAGUGACCGAUAUCAGGCAGAGAACUGGUGCCAGGGGAGGCUUCCCACUGAAAGAUGCUAGGGAGAAGCUUGUUCAGAGAGAGGCUCGUUUUCAGAGUAGAGGAGGGCCCAGUACGGCAGGUGUUCAGGACGCCAGGGAGACCAUAAACUCCCGCAAACAACAGCUAGGGCAGAAACAGCUGCACAACACGCUGCAGCUACAAGGGCAAAACUCCUCUCAGGGAUUCUUGCAGAUGCACGCCCCACGGACACAGACUCUCAGCCAAAGUGGCAGUGUGGUCGUGCACAGCUCUGUAAAUGUAAACUCGGCUCAGGGAUUGAACGUGCGAGGAGGGACUCUGGAACAUGGAGGCCGGCCAAAUAAACUAGUGGACGCCCGUGAUAGGCUUAGUCUAAAGAGAAGCAUUGCAGUGGCGUUACCCACUCCUGGGGCUCCAUCACCCCUGAAGAUCACUAAGACCAUCCAGCAAAGGCCGGUUGGAAUCACAAGUGGAAUUCACAUCAACAUUCCCAGCAGGGAUUCCCAGUCUCUCUCAGGUGAAGAUGAUGCAAGUCCCAGUAAGCAGAUGAAGCCUGGUGUUACUGGGUCUCUCUUUUCUGGCCCUAUCACCAAAGUUGUCAAAAAUGACAGUUAUACUGCACCCCUUCCUCCUGUGCCUGAUGCCCCUCCCAGGGCCGCCCCUGCUCUACCAGCAUCCCUUUCCUCUCCCUCUGUCCUAAAGGCAGUCUCUCGAACCCUGGUCACUGGCCUGGCACAGCAGGGAGGGAGUAGUGGGGAAGCCAGCUCACAUCCGGCGACUGUACAGCCAGCUUGCAGUCCCCUGGAAGGGACUAAAAUGACGGUGAAUAACCUUCAUCCUCGUGUCACUGAGGAGGACAUUGUGGAGCUGUUCUGUGUGAGUGGAGCACUGAAGCGAGCGCGGCUCGUCAAGGCGGGAGUCGCAGAGGUGGUGUUUGUCAGGAAAGAGGACGCUGUCGCAGCGUACAAGAAGUACAAUCACCGCUGCCUGGACGGUCUGCCCAUGAAGUGUAAUCUUCACAUUCAGGGAAGCAUCAUCAGCUCAGACCAGCCAAUCUUGCUGAGGUUGAGUGACACUCCAGGAGGGGGAGGUGGCGGAAAGAAGGAGGGACUGCCUGCCUCUCUUUCUCGACAGGAUGGCCGUCGUAGAUCCUCUCAGCCCACACCUGAAGUUGACCCCCAGACCAUAUUAAAGGCCCUUUUUAAGUCUUCCUCUCACACUGCCACAUCCACUAGAUCACCGUCAACCGCCUUUAGCAUUAAAAUUUAAUGUACACCACGCUUUAACACUAAACACGCAUGCAUGCAUACGUACUCCAUGACACAGGAUAUACCAAAUAUUGCUCAAGAAUCAUACUCACCUUUGUUGAAUAUACAACUGUGGUACUGUAAAUGUACAUGGUGGUGUUAAGAGUGAUUGUGAAGAAAGUUUUAUUCCAUUUUUAUAGUUGGAGCAUUUUAGUUAUUGUCUUGGAAUGGACAAAGUACUGAUUUGUUAAAAGUAAUUGAAACAUCUGAGAACAAUGCUCUGGUUUAUUUUCAGACAUGCUCUGAGAAAGGCCAAAAUUCUCAACAGAUAUUUUUUUAUUUUUUUUCUGGUUGUGGCCAAUGACCUGUGGCCUAUGGCUCAUGUUCACUCCUCUUGAAGAUUUUCACAUUGAAUGCUGCAUUGAAACUGUGACCCCAGUAGAGUGCUGGGCUCGCCAGAACAAAUACAAACACUAGUUUACACAUUUACAACACAAAAAACAAUGUACGACGAGUGUUUUUUAAUGUUCAUGAAUGAAUGUACUGAAAUUUAAAACGAUCCAUGUGCAGACAUUGGCUUAAUAGUCCAAAUGAAGCCAUCCUUCCAUUCUGUCCCUAUGCCAUUUUGUUUGGUAUAUUUAGAUUAUUUAUUUUUCUUCAAAUGCCUUUCAGUUUGUUUUGUAGUAACUCAGCCCUCACGACACGGGUCACAAGGGUCUUUCAGUGACCCCCAGUUAACAUACCUUGCCUUAGACAAGACCAGCAAGAACAAACAAAAUGAAUGUAUGUGAAGUUACGCUUUUGUUUUGUAGCUUUGCGGCUGUGAAGCCACUUUAUUUCUAACUUUGAUCCCGGUUUGUAUUUGGGGCUGCAUGCUUUGGGGGAUGUUCAGGUAACUUUCUUGCUGCAAUGUUGCUAUAUUUGUAUUAUUUGAAUACCCCUUUAUUCUCAGCUGUAAAGUAUGGGACCGCUCAUUUUUGUCUACAUGUUACUAGGGUGAUUUGUUGUGGUUAAUUAAAUGGGCCCCUAAAUGAGUGUGACAUUUUCCUGUUUGUCACAGAAAUGGAAGUCAGGUCUCUGUUCUGCAAAUAAAUGUUUCUUUAUAGAAAA